CCACGUCUCCGGUUCCAGGCUCAGAGUUGGAACAGGCCCGCCCCAGACCAGCGGAGAGGAGGAGCUACAGCUGCAGCUAGCCCUGGCCAUGAGCAGAGAGGCUGCUGAACAGGAGGACAGGAUGCGUCGGGGAGAUGACCUGAGACUCCAGAUGGCACUCGAGGAGAGUCGUAAAGGAAAAGCCCUCGGUGACACCGGCUCUGGAAAACUAGCCAAGAAGAAGAGAGAGCAGGCCCAGUCCUCUCUGUUGGAUCUGAUGGAUGUUCCAGAAUCGGACUCGGCCGACCCCUGGGGGGCGAGAGGAGGAGGAGGAGGAGGAGGCGCUGCCGCCGCACCAGACCCCUGGCAGGCCUACGGUGCAGCCCCAAAGCCAGUGGCUCCAGUAGACCCCUGGGGGCCCCCGUCCUCCUCUGUUUCCCCCAUGAAGAGCAGUGAUCCCUGGGGAACCAACCCUGCUCCCGACCCCUGGGGUUCUGGAGGAACCUCCUACGCAGGUGGUCUCUCCUCCCUGACUAGUGGUACCGGGGACCUGUUUGACCCUCUGCCCAACAGGAAGACCCCAGAGUCCUUCCUGGGUCCUAAUGCAGCAUUGGUCAACCUGGACUCACUGGUCACCAAGCCUCCUCAGCCUGCUCCUAUUGUCAACCCCUUCCUCGCUGCCGCAGGAGCCGCCCCUGUAGCCGCCCCCCAGGCCAACCCCUUCCAGAUGGGCCAGCCUAACCCCCCUACCCUAAACCAGAUGAGGGUCAGCCCUAUGCCAGGCCUGAGUCUGGGAGGGGGAGCAGGGUUCAGCAGCUUGUCCUCCAUGGUAGACCCUCUGCCCCCCCUGACGGGCCACAUGGUGCCCGGGGUUGGAGGGAUGGGGGGUUUCCCGGCCUCUAUGCCUCUGACCCAGCCCCUCUUCGGCUCAGCUCUGCCCCCCACAGCUGGCACACAGCCCCCCGGGACCACUAACCCCUUCUUGUUGUGAGGAACGCCUCAACUACACCCCCCCCCCAACCACCCCCUUCAAGACAACACCCCUGGACUCCUCUCCUGUCUUUCCACCCCCUCUCCUCUUCCUCUCUCCUCCUCUUUCUC